AUGGCUCACGGCAAGGUCAUCGAGGUCGACAACCCCGUCAUCUUCAAGGCCCUCACCUCCUCCGGCCCCGUCGUCGUCGACUUCUUCGCCACCUGGUGCGGCCCCUGCAAGGCCGUCGCCCCCGUCGUCGGCAAGCUCAGCGAGACCUACCCCAACGUGCGCUUCAUCCAGGUCGACGUCGAUAAGGUGCGCUCGGUCGCGCAGGAGCUGCAGGUCCGCGCCAUGCCUACGUUCGUGCUGUACAAGGAUGGUAGCCCGCUGGAGAAGCGCGUCGUGGGCGGGAAUAUGAAGGAGCUGGAGGAGGCUAUCAAGGGCAUUUCGGCGUGA